AUGCCCUCCCUUGUUCGCAAGCUGCUCAUCUUCGCCGCCGUCGACGGUCUCAUCCUCCAGCCGUCCCCGCCCCGCAACCAUCCGCCCGCGACGCAGCAGGCCAUCAAGGUCGACUACAAGGGCAAUGUCGGACCGUUGUUGAAAGACAGGCGCGAAGAAGACACGGCGCCAGUGUCUGUGGAAGCGCAUGGCAUUAUCGGACUACUCAAAGUGGCUACUUCGUACUUCCUGAUAUCCAUAUCCGACCGCGAACAGGUGGCACUUGUACGCGGCAAGCCCAUCUACAAAAUCACCGAUGUCGCCCUCAUCCCCCUCUCCUCGCAAGCCGACGCCGACAAGGCCAUCGCAGCCACGCGCGACCAUCUGAAGCGCCGCAACCGGGCGCCCGGCCUGGAAGACGAAGAUAGCGAUAGCGAUAGUGAGGAUGGCGCGCCCAGUGUGACCGACUCGCUUGUGGAGGACUCAUCGUCCACACCCAGCGAGGUCAAGGACUCGGUCACCGGCCAAAAAGGCAGUGCGCAGCGCAAGACAAGUGUGGCUGAAGACGUCAUACAAAGGAAAGGUGUAUAUGGCAGAUUCGCUGACAAGUGGUUCUCGCGCAAGGGUUGGAGUGCUGACAACAGGCGUCUGCAAGGGCUGAGCUCAGAAGAGAACCUGGCGGCAAAGAACGUGCCGCAGAAUGUUGACUCGGGGGUGCCCAAGGAAGAAGAACAACCCAAGAGCGAGUCUAAGCCGGAUGCCAUCCCUACAGAUGACAAGGACAUUUCGGACCCAGUCAGCCCAGAAGCUAUACCCAAGGCUCUGGGCGGCGAGAAGGACGCAGCCACUGUAGCACUCUUACCAAAGAUUCUGCAGACCACCAAAAUGUACUUUUCAUCAGGCAACUUCUUCUUCUCAUACGACUAUGACAUCUCACACGGUAUUGGCCAGCAGCAAGCAAGUUCUAGUGUCGCCCUGUUUAAACAAUUCGAUCCUUUGUUCUUCUGGAAUCAGCACAUCAUCGCACCUUUCAUCAAUGCGGGCCAGCAUGCUUUUGUGCUCCCCGUAAUGCAGGGCUUCGUUGGUCAACGACCUUUCACGAUCAAGACGGCUGAUGGCCAGUCGAACAGUCUUGUAGUCGACCCGAGUGCCACUCCAGAUGACAUCCAGCUCCAGUCCUGGCAUGAAAAGCAGAAAGAGGACUCACAGUCCAAUACGGAAGCCAGUGGCGAAGCAUCUGAUCCCGAUGCCUCUCUUGUGGACGGCAAAGACUUCCUGUUGACACUCAUCUCGCGACGUUCUAUCAAGCGAGCUGGGCUUCGUUACCUGCGAAGGGGCACAGAUGACGAGGGCUGUACCGCGAAUAGCGUCGAGACGGAACAGAUCCUAUCCAACCCGGCUUUUAGCACGACACAGGACAAGAUUUUUUCUUUCACACAAAUUCGAGGCUCAAUUCCCCUGUUCUUCUCUCAAUCGCCCUACAGCCUCAAACCACAAGUCUCUACUUGGGGAUCGUUUGAGACUAAUGCUCGCGCUUUCAAGAAGCAUUUUGCCGAUCUGUCUUCACGCUAUGGCGAAAUAUACUGUGAUUCGCUCAUAGACAAACACGGCACUGAGGCAAAGAUUGGUGAGCUCUAUGAACAGCAUGCGAAGUCGCUCAAUGAGAAUGGCGGGAUGGACGGGAAAGGCAAGCAGCUGGGUUUCGAAUGGUUCGACUUCCACAACGUAUGCCGCGGUAUGCGCUUUGAAAACGUCUCGAAGCUGAUGGAUUCAAUCGAACCCUUCAUGAAAUCUUCUGGAUGGGUGGAGAUCUUAGGAAAUCAAGUACAGCAGAAGCAGUCAGGCGUCUUGCGCACAAACUGCAUGGACUGUCUGGACCGCACCAACGUUGUUCAAUCUGCGUGCGCCAGGACCGCUCUUGAAGCACAACUGUCAAUGGGCAGUUACAGCAUCGAUCUCCAGAACGACCCCAGUACAUCGUGGUUCAACACCCUCUGGGCUGACAAUGGCGAUGCCAUAUCUCGGCAGUAUGCUGGCACUGCUGCGCUAAAGGGCGACUUUACGCGUACCCGGAAACGGCAGAUAACUGGUGCGCUUACCGAUUUUGGACUGACACUCACGAGAUAUUACAAUAACAUCGUGAACGACUACUUUGCUCAGGCAGUCAUCGACUACCUUCUCGGUCGCGCUACCGAUACCAUCUUCGCAGAAUUCGAAGCCGAUAUGAAGAGCUCAGAUUACUUUAUCGAUGUACGCAAAGUGCGGCAGCAGGCCAUUGAACGUUCUGCUGGCAUCGUGAUUGAGGAUCGCGACGAAGACCUGGUACAUGGCUGGACGUUGAGCGUACCCACUGCUGUUAACCAGGUCAAGACUGCUACAUUUGAAGAAGCAGUCCUUCUACUAACAGAAAAGGCCUUGUACUUCUGCCGUCUCGACUGGGGAACAGAGAAAGUACGCGAGUUCGAGCGUAUUCCGCUGGAGAACGUGCAAGGGCUCAUGCGAGGUGUGUACGUUACGUCCACACUGGCGCAACGACACACCGACACAGACAAGAACGUUGGUCUCAUCAUACGAUAUCGAGCCGAUACCAAGGGCGAGCUAGUACGGCGCAAUACAAGGGCUCUAGAUUCCGGAGCCGCCAGCGAUGAGCAGCGCAAAGACGACGCCAAGAAAGACCAGAAGCAGGAUACUGCGGGCCGCUUCCUAGCGUUCAAAGCGCUUCCACCGAGAAGCAGCGUUCCGUCAUCCCCUGGCGACAACCCUGACAAUGAAGGCGAGGUUGUCAAAUCGGUAUGCGAUGAGAUUGUGAGGAUCGCCAAUGAGAUGAAGAAGGGCGGCAGGGAUGAAGACAGGACACUGAAGGUAGAGGAAAAGGAUAUAAUCAGCCUUGUGGACGCGAAGAAGAGUACCGGCUACCUGGAACAGUUUGAGUAUUCCUUGAAGAAGCUUGUUUGGGGCUAA